AUGAUCGCUCAACCCUUCGUAUCACCGGAUGAUAUCCGCGCAACAUUCUGUACGGCUUUAUCGAGCAUGUAUAGAGAGGAAGUACCUCUGUAUGGAGAUUUGGUGCAAUUAGUGAAUGACGUGAACGAGGUAGUUACAAAGUCUGCCCCUGAUUUCUGGGAGAUAGGCGAUCGGUUGAGAGUAGAAAGACAUGGUGCUAUCAGGCUGGGUACCAAAUCCGAAUUGACGAUGAUAGCAAGAUUAUUCAAAGUAAUGGGUAUGUUCCCGGUUGGAUACUAUGAUCUUUCGACAUCUGGAGUACCUGUGCAUUCAACUGCAUUUCGACCAACCACUGUAACAGCAUUAGAAAAACAUCCCUUCAGAAUAUUCACUUCUUUAUUACGUCCGGAACUGAUUCCUGACGUAAAGCUGCGACAAGAGAUUGAGUCUAUCCUAGUCGAAAGAGAUAUUUUUCAUCCGUUAGUCAGGAAACUAGUUGACAAAGCAGAAAAAGAAGGUGGACUGAAUAGAGAAGAUUCGAACUUUUUGGUGGAAUCAGCAUUAGAAACUUUCAAAUGGCAUGAUAGGGCUCUGGUGGAUGAAGAUACUUAUACAAAAAUGAAGAAGACUCAUCCUUUACUUGCGGAUGUAGCUGGAUUUAAAGGCCCGCACAUCAAUCAUCUGACUCCCAGAACGUUAGAUAUCGAUGCUGUACAAAGAAUGAUGGCGGAAAGAGGAAUUCCGCCUAAAAUGGUCAUUGAGGGACCUCCACGUAGAUUAUGUCCCAUCCUUCUCCGACAGACCUCCUUCCAAGCUCUGACUGAACCUGUUCUGUUUGCUGGUGCAUCACCCGGUGAGAAUAGUCACGGAUCCCAUCGGGCAAGAUUUGGCGAGAUCGAGUCUAGAGGAGCGGCUCUGACCCCGCAAGGUCACUUUUUAUAUCAAUCAUUGAUGAAACAAGCAGGAGCAUUCACACCUACCGAUAACAACGAUCGAUGGCAGUCCAGACUAUCUACUAUAUUCUCGCCUUUCCCUGAUACCUGGAAUGACAUCCGUAAACAAAACCUGGCUUAUUUCAGAUACACUCUGGACAACUCCGCUUCCUUAUCUUUGGUCGAUGAGGGGUCGCACAUUGAUCAACUGCUCGAUCAAGGCAUAGUGAAGAUCACUCCUAUAGUAUAUGAGGAUUUUCUUCCUGCAUCAGCAGCAGGUAUUUUCCAAUCGAACCUUGGUGAUCAUCAGAAAACAACUACAGAAGGAACAAGUGCUAGAGUAGAGAUGGAAACUGCCCUGGGGACGACUAUACAAGAAUAUUUUGAAUUGUAUGCAGACAUUCAGCACCAAAGCUUGCUGGAAAUAAUGGAAAUCACAGGUUGUCAAGUUGAUUGA